UAUCCUUCCUGUAGACUAGCGUUGGCUCACAUUGAAUGUUCGCCAUCAUGCGCGUACAGUCAUGUGACCCAUGCCCCGCACUCGUAUCCCCGUGCUACACACAUUUGCAUGUACAUGUAUGUUCUAGCAAAUUGAAUGGUCUGUGUGGCGUGGGUAGAUUCCACUUCUUUUACGUCAACAUGCUGGAUACACAACAACUUUAACAGCUUGCAACUAAAUGGCCUAGCCUCUAUAUGAGUGCAUAGAACAAGAAUCCGUGAAGCAAUCGCCCAUGACCAACAGCUCUACUACAAUGUUGCCGCCUAUAGUUAUACAGGCUUGCAUUUUCGACAUGGAUGGGCUUCUCAUCAAUUCCAAGGAUGUUAUUACACAUUGCACGAACCAACUGCUCAAAAAGUACGGUAGACCCGCUUUCACUCGGUCGAUUCGAGUCCAGCUUAUGGGUGUCCCAAACUCAACAAAUGGCGACAUUUUCCACGAAUGGGCUAAGCUGCCCAUUCCUCGUGAGACUUGGGCUCGAGAAUUGAAGGAACAAAUGCAGCUUGAUUUCCAAAGCUGCGUGCCAUUGUCUGGUGCAGAAAAGCUUCUUUCAGACCUAAGUUGUGCGCAAAACACCUCUGGGGAAAGGAUCAAACUCGCACUGGCAUCUAGUAGUAAGACCCACAGUUACAGACUGAAAACAUCGAGACCGGAGACAAAGCAAUUACUUGAUGUUUUCCACCCCGAUCAGCGGAUUCUGGGCGACGAUACACGACUGCCACACGGUCGAGGAAAGCCAGCGCCUGACAUAUACUUACUUGCCUUGCAAUCGUUGAACUCAGCGGCUGGCACAGGGGAGAAACCUAUCAUGCCUGAGGAGUGUUUAGUCUUCGAAGAUAGUGUAGCGGGAGUGGAGGCAGGCAGACGAGCGGGAAUGAGGGUUGUUUGGGUUCCAAAUCGAGACGUGGGAGCUGAGUAUGAAAGCAAACAAGAGCUCGUGUUAGCUGGGAGAAUGACGAAAGAUGCGCUUAGGGAUGACUCGCAUUUAGAGAAAGUCGAUGACGGUUAG